CCAACGAGGAUGCAUCAGUGAAUGCGUAUCGCUCAUUGCGUUUAGUCGAAAAACAACCCUUAGGCCUAUAUCUUAUCUCUUUGGAGCUUUAAUUGAACAUCUUUAUUCUUGCUUCUGGGGGUCCACUCCCUCUUUCUCUCCAACUAAAUUGCUUAUUUUUUUUACAAACACUUGGACUCUUCCACCUGUUAGACAUGUAUUAAUAUAGUUGAAAUGGGAGUUUUGAAGAAACUGCAGCGAUUUAUCAUUUUAAUCGUACUUCACACACAACGUGUGGUGAGCAAAUACUUUAUUCUAUGGUCAUUCAAAAUUUUUCUGCCAGAAGCAGAAGACAACAAAUUCUUUUUAAACGAUGGAGAUGUAUUACCAGCCAAACCUUUCUCUCAAAUUCCUGGCCCAUUGCAUGUACCCCUUUUUGGAAGUCAAUGGCUCUAUUCUUGGAUUGGACCCUAUUUCCUUGAUAAAUUGCACUUAGCAAAUGAAGACAAAUAUAGGAAAUAUGGUCCAGUUGUUAAAGAGCACUUCCUGUGGAACUUCCCUAUUAUUCAUCUGUAUGACAAACAUGAUAUUGAAAGUGUUUUAAAGUAUCCUAGCAAAUAUCCAAUAAGACCUGGGCUGGAAGCCCAAAUUUUUUACAGAAAAUCUCGUCCAGAUAGGUACAAAAGUGCUGGAAUGGUUAAUGUCCAAGGAUUUGAAUGGCAACAUUUGAGAAGCAAACUAACAACCCAGCUGGCCAGUACAGCCCUUGGAGAUCACACUAUAAAGCAAUUGUGCAUCAUAUCAGAUGAGCUCAUAGAAAAAAUUCAAGAAGAACGCAUUGAAAACAUUGUGGAUGGCUUUGAAAAAGUCAUCUACCGCUGUGGACUAGAAGUUAUUUUUGCCAUUUUGUUUGGCCGGAGACUGGGCGCUUUAAACAAGAGCUCGAUCCCAUGGAUUGCUGAGCGUUUAAUGUUUGCGACGGAAAAUCUGUUUGAGGUGUCGCAUGAAACCAUGUACGGACUUCCUUGGUGGAAGUUGUUUCCCACAAAAUCCUAUAAAAAAUUAGCUGAAUGUGAAGACACCAUUUAUGACGUAUUCACAGAUUUGGUCAAUGAAGCCCUUAGGGAUGACGAAAAUACCGAAAUCCAGUCGCCGGUUCUGAAUCAAAUUUUGACUGCUGAAGGUGUUGACAUUCGUGAUAAAAUAGUCGCCCUUAUCGAUCUUGUCGCUGCGGGAAUUGAAACGACGGGCAAUGCUACCUUGUUUCUUCUACACAACAUUGUGAGCAACCAAGAAGUAAAAGCCCGCGUGUACGAAGAGCUUGACCGAGUUCUUUAUUCUUCGCACGUCACAAUAACUCCACAACUUCUGCUAGAGUUAAAAUACCUUAAAGCUUGCGUCACAGAAAGUUUGAGACUAACACCCGUAGCUCCUAACGUGGCGCGUAUUUUAGAGAAAUCGUUUACUUUCCAAGGCUAUAAUGUUCCAGUCGGAACGAUGGUGAUAUGCGAAACUUGGGUUGCUAGUCUUCAGGAUGAAAAUUAUCCGGAUGCGAAACGCUUCAUUCCCGAACGCUGGCUUGAUGCUGACAAUGUCAAUCACCACCCAUUUCUUGCAGUUCCAUUUGGUGUCGGCCGAAGGAUGUGUCCAGGAAAGAGAAUUGCAGAACAUGAAAUGUUGAUCAUCACUGCAAAACUACUACAAACUUUUGACAUGAGCUUUCAAAAGCCUUUAGAGCAAGUUUACAAAUUUCUUAUCUCUCCGAAGGGACCGAUAAGAGCUACACUCCAAGACAGACACUGAAAUUAUGAUACAUUUCGAAUCACUUUUUAUUCAUGACCUUAAAUUUUUCAUGACCUUAAAUUUCUUUUAAUAUCGAAAUACACUUGAACGUAUGAAAA